AUGGAUUUUGGCAAAGUACUGGCAAGUACUUUGCACCUGAGCAGCCGUUUGGCUCGUCUGGCUGUGGAGCACAAACUGUGCCACAGCUUCCAGGCCUUCCACUCAUCUUACAGUGACACCGGCCUGCUGGGCAUCUACUUUGUGGCUGAUAAACACCACAUUGAUGACAUGAUGCACUGGUCUCAGAACGCCUGGAUGAACCUGUGCACCACGAUCACAGAGAGUGAUGUGGCCAGAGGGCGAAACGCUCUGAAGGCCAGUUUGAUUGGACAGCUUAAUGGAACAACGCCCAUUUGUGAUGAAAUCGGCAGACACAUCAUGUACUACGGGCGCCGCGUUCCUCUUGCCGAGUGGAACGCUCAUAUCGAUGCCGUGACCCCCAGCGUGGUGCGCGACGUCUGCACCAAAUAUAUCUACGACAAGUGUCCUGCUGUGGUAGGCGUUGGCCCCAUCGAGCAGUUAACUGACUAUAACAGAGUGCGCAGUGCUAUGUACUGGCUCAGGUUUUAAGAAAACAUGUGGCCUCUUCAGUUUUUCUUUCUCCCUCCUCCUGGCUUUAUUCAUCGUCUCGACAACAAGUGAUCACCUGGGGGUCGAACACAAUCGCAUAACGACACGUGCAGCCAUCUUCUGUGGGACCCCCUCUGUUAUCUCACUCAGUGCGGAGUCAUGAAAGGAGCUGCCCGUCUGAGUCUUGAAUUUACUCUGGUUCCAUAUUGAUUGUACGGUUCAGGUACUCACCACCUCAUACUGUUGAUUGAAUGAACCUGAAUACUCCAUAAUUACCAACGUGACCCAGUCCAUCCAAAAUAAAAUAUAAACAAUAUGGAGCACGAGUAUAUUUACAAUUUCUGUAACAUUUGUUUCUGUCCACUAUUGUACAUAAAAUAGCUGUCAUUCUGACGCAAAUAAAUAAAUUAAAAAA